UUGGAUGCAGAGUUCUAAACUCCUUCGGGGCGUCCCUUUAAAACAUUUCUUAUUUCUCCACCUGAUUCUCACGAUGGAAAAGCAGCCAGGCUUCCUUUUCUGCCGUUCAUGCUGAGGAGCUGGGUGGAGAGGUGGUGCCUGAGUGGGGAUUCACCCGGUGAUGGUUCAGAUGUGGGAAUUGUCCCGGAUGUGGCUGCUGCUGGUGCUCCCCUGGGAACAUGCCUUGACAGGGAAUUAACACCAGUCAGGGAUGGGCUGCGGGACAAGCAAAGUGCUUCCCGAGCCCCCCAAAGACGUGCAGCUGGACCUGGUCAAGAAAGUGGAACCCUACACGGGCCACAGCGACAUCUACAAGCACUUCAUCAGGGAUGACUGCGGGGCUGUCAUCAAGGCCGGCUCCCCCUCGCCCCCUCACCCCGCCAACCCCUACCCCGGCCACGCCCUGCCCGCCCACCAGCCCGAGCCCCGCAAGAACAAAGUGGCCAAAUACCGCGCCAAGUUCGACCCCAGGGUGACGGCCAAGUACGACAUCAAGGCCCUGAUCGGGAGGGGCAGCUUCAGCCGCGUGGUGCGGGUGGAGCACAAGGCCACCAAGCAGCCCUACGCCAUCAAGAUGAUCGAGACCAAGUACCGGGAGGGCCGGGAGGUGUGCGAGUCGGAGCUCAGCGUCCUGCGCCGGGUGCGGCACACCAACAUCAUCCAGCUCAUCGAGGUGUUCGAGACCCAGGACCGCGUGUACAUGGUGAUGGAGCUGGCGACGGGCGGCGAGCUGUUCGACAGGAUCAUCGCCAAGGGCUCCUUCACCGAGAGGGACGCCACGCGCGUGCUGCAGAUGGUGCUGGACGGCGUCCGGUACCUGCACACGCUGGGCAUCACCCACCGGGACCUGAAGCCGGAGAACCUGCUGUACUACCACCCGGGCACGGACUCCAAGAUCAUGAUCACGGACUUCGGGCUGGCCAGCGCUCGGAAGAAAGGGGAUGACUGCCUGAUGAAGACCACCUGCGGCACCCCGGAGUACAUCGCCCCCGAGAUCCUGGUCAGGAAGCCCUACACGAACUCGGUGGACAUGUGGGCGCUGGGCGUGAUCUCCUACAUCCUGCUCAGCGGGACGAUGCCCUUCGAGGACGACAACCGCACCCGCCUGUACCGGCAGAUCCUGAAGGGGAAGUACAGCUACUCGGGCGAGCCCUGGCCCAGCGUGUCCAACCUGGCCAAGGAUUUCAUCGACCGCCUGCUCACGGUGGACCCCAGCGACAGGAUGACGGCCCUGCAGGCCCUGAAGCACCCGUGGGUGGUCAGCAUGGCGGCCUCCUCCUCCAUGAAGAACCUCCACCGUUCCAUCUCCCAAAACCUGCUCAAGAGGGCGUCUUCCCGCUGCCAGAGCACCAAGUCGGCGCAGUCCACCCGCUCCAGCCGCUCCACCAAGUCCAACAAGUCGCGGCGGGUGCGGGAGCGGGAGCUGCGGGAGCUCAACCUGCGCUACCAGCAGCAGUACACGGGCUGAGCCUCU